GAAAAUCUAAAAAUGUGAACCCAGCUUUAAGGUCCAAACCAAGUCUCUGCAGGACACAGAGCUGAGCAGAAAACUGUGUUGUGCACAUCAGCUUAAUGGACUAUAUUACCUUCCUUUUUACUUAAAAAUGAAGGAAAUCAGUAAGGAAGAAGACGACCAUAAAAUCCGGGAUUAUGACACCAUCACCUCUUUCCUGGGAUCCUGGGGACGCUUUCAGAUGAGGAUUUUUUUGGCGUUGGGCAUCAGCAUCCUCCCGAACGGAUUCACUGGGAUCUACAUCGUUUUUGUAGGCGCCACUCCGCCUCAUGAAUGCCAGAUUCCUGAGAACAACAGCAUCAGUGAGAUGUGGAGGAAUGUGUCAGUCCCAAUGGAAACAGUCGAUGGCGUCACAAAGCGCAGCUCCUGCUGGAGGCUUAACCUGGAAACAGUCAGGAACUACUCUCAAAAGAACUUGAUCCCAAAUGUGGAUGUGAAUGUCAGUGAAAUUCCCCUGGAGACGUGUCUGGAUGGAUGGACAUACAGCAAAGACGUCUACCAGUCAACCAUCGUUACAGAUUGGGACUUGGUGUGUGAUAAUGCAUAUAAAUCUCCACUGACCACCUCUAUUCAUUAUGUUGGGGUUCUGGUGGGAACCGUGGCAUCAGGCCAGAUGUCUGACAGGUUUGGGAGGAAACCGAUUCUUUUUGUCAUGAUGGCUCUUCAAACUUUAGCAACGGCAGCACAGAUCUUUUCACCCAGCUGGGAGAUCUUCACCUUCAUAUUUUGUCUCGUGGGAGCUGGAGGAUACUCCAACUACACUAUAGCAUUUGUUCUGGGAUCUGAAAUUCUCAGCCCGAAAACUCGGGUUGUUUUUUGCUCGCUGGGCGUUUUUAUGGGCUCAGCUGUUGGCUACAUGCUAAUGCCUGCGGUGGCCUAUUUCAUCCGGGACUGGAGAAUGCUGCUGAUCGCAAUGGCUGCAUCUGGACUCAUCUAUAUUCCUCUGUGGUGGUUACUCACAGAGUCUCCUCGCUGGCUGCUUUCUCAGGGGAGAAUAAAAGAAGCAGAGGAAAUUAUUAUAAAUGCUGCAAAAAUGAAUAAAGUAGAAAUCCCUCAGGAUAUUUUCAGACCAGCUGAGAUUGAAGAUGCUUUGUCUAAAAGUGAUGAGAAAACAAACAUAUUUGUCAUCCUGAAAAGUUGCAAUAUAGCAUCUAUUACACUGUUAUGUGCCAGUCUGUGGGUAAUCAUUACCCUUAGCUAUUAUGCUUUGCUCCUCAACACUUCCAAUCUUAAUGGUGACCCCUACCUGAACUGCUUCCUGUCUGCUGUGACAGAAGUCCCAGCGUAUAUAAUCGCCUUGUUGCUGCUGCAGUUCUGCUCCAGGCAUGUGUGUCAGUCCUCCACUUUGCUCCUUGGAGGCGUCAUGAUCCUCUGUGUCCAACUCAUUCCCAAAGAUCUGCCCACUGUGGCUGUGCUGCUGGAGAUGUUAGGAAAGUUUGGAGUGACUGCAGCGUUCUGUGUGGUGUAUUCAGUCACAACUGAGCUCUUCCCCACCGUUAUCAGAAAUACAGCGAUGGGCUGCUGCUCCAUGGCCGCCCGAAUCGCCACCAUCAUCUCUCCUUUCAUCAUCUAUCUGGGGAAAUACUACAAGGCGCUCCCUUACAUUGUGAUGGGUGUCUUAGCCAUUUGUGGUGGGAUUAUCUGCUUCAUUCUGCCAGAGACGUUUGGGAAAACGCUGCCAGAGUCUUUACCGCAAAUGCAGCAGAUCUGCGGGAGAAGAAAAAAAGUGGAAGAUGAAACUAUGGAGAAAGAGAACAUUUCCCAAUCUAAAGAAACCAAGUUAUAGUUACACACAUAUUUAUAUAUAUACUGUGUUGCUCUUCCUGUUGACAUAGUUGCCCUUAUUUAGUUGCACUGAAUAUUUUUAAUAUGCAAUAUCAUUAUGACAGUUGAGAGAGGGAAGAAAAAGUUUGUUCUCACAACUGCUGAUUCAUUUAUUUACUUAUUUCCUUGUAACUUAAAUGUAAAAAAAAAAGUUUUUCUUCAUAUUGACAGGAAAAUGUUAUUUUCCUGAUCGUAUCAGCCAGAUGAAGAGUGCACAUCCAGCUAUUGUGACACAGUUCAAAGGUCAUUUCUGAAAGUUGUCUUUGAGUCAGAGUUUGGAGUUGCAAAGUUGGGUUUGUGUCUGCAGAGGACAUCCAAGGACUAACUUUUGUACAUUAAAAUUAUUUAAAGCCUGUCAA